AUGCGGGGGGGGGGGGGGGGGGAGCUGUAUUGUUUCAGAACUCAGUCUGUGAAACCUCUCACCUCUGGAACGAAGGCCGGGCACACCGUGAAAGGAGCAGACAAACAAGGGGAAGAGAUCGUUGGAGAUGAAGUUCAGGCCUUCUCGCUUGAUGAAGAAUUCGAUUAUGAUGCAGUGGUGCUAACCCCCAAGUUCACUCCUGCAGAGCUGAAUGCUAUCAAAGAGCUAUCCAAGCAGAAGACAAAGAGCGCAGACUUAGAGGAGCCCAUGACUGAUCCACCCAGACCUCUUUACAUUUAUUUUUAUUUUGUUCUUGCUCAAGUAACAUGA